GCUAUUUGCACAACUUCAAAGGGAGUGCUUCCGCAUUAUUUGCCUGCAACCAGAGGUAACACUCUUGCUCAAGACAAACUAAUUGAAACCUACAUUAACCUUGGAUUUGCUGAUCAAGAAACUGUUUUGUUCCUUGCAAGUGUGCAUGGUUUAUGUUUUAGUCUGAAACAUUUGAUAAGGAUUCUAAGGAGGCUGGGGUGUAGAAGACGUCGCUUUCAAAGCGACCUAGAUGAAAAAGUACAGGUAGUGCAAGGGGAAUUAAGGGGAAGCCGUAGUCUUCUUGGGUACAGAGCAAUGCACCAGAGACUCGUGAAUCAUUACGGACUUGUUACUACGAGAGACGUUGUUCGGCAUGUAUUGAAGGUCUUUGACCCUGAAGGAGUGGAACACCGAUCAAGGCAUAGACUUCGAAGGGUCUAUAGACGAUUAUGA